AUCACAAUCUUUGAAACCUAUAUCUAAAGAGGGAAGAAUCAGUGAAGAGAGGGUCCCUCACACCACAUCAUACUCAUAAGAAAAUCCUUCGUUACAUUCCAUAAAUUCCUUCGAAGGAUAUUCCAAGGUUUGAAAAGAUGAUUCUAAGAAGAUUCAUACAGAACAUCCUGGUGAUCUUGGCUCUUUGUCGAACAGGGAUUGAAGGAUACAACAGUUCUUACGAAAAUGAAACCAAAGAAUGCAAAUGUGUGCCAUAUUAUCUGUGUGAAAACGAGAAAAUCAUAACUGAUGGAGGACCAGUAAUAGAACCAAGAGGUUUGAUGCUGGCUGAUUCUGUUGUCCACACAUACCACAGUCCACGAUGCGAUCCCUUGAGUGUUUAUUGUUGCAAGGACAAAUCUAUCGAACCAACACCACCAAGACCUCGUACACAAUGUGGAAAAAGAAAUGACAAUUUUAUAGAAGCCAGAGCAAUAGGAAGCACUACGAGUACACUUAUCGGAGAGUUUCCGUGGAUGAUUGCAUUAUUUAAAAUAGUCGUUCGAAGCGAUUUAUUUUCAAGAAAUCUGAAAACAGAAUACUUCAGUGGUGGUGCACUAAUACACGAGCGUAUAGUUUUAACGUCAGCUCAUACUGUCAUGAGUAUGAAAAACAAUCCCUCAGUGAGGCUAAUGGCCAGAGCAGGCGAAUGGAACAUUCAAGAUGACAACGAAAUUGAAAAGCAUCAAGAUAGAGUCGUAGCGGAAAUCAUACUUCAUCCUAAUUUCUAUUCCAAAAACUCAAGGAAUGACUUAGCCAUACUGAAGCUUGAAACACCAUUCAUCUUAGGAUACUACAUUGACAUUAUUUGUCUCCCGCCACCUGGAACAAUUAUUGUCAGUGGAAAAUGCACCUUAAGCAGUUGGGGAAAAGAAAGUUGCAAUGAGCGCGACUACAGGCCUUCAGUUCUCAAGAAAUUUGACAUUGAAGUUGUAAGUAGAAGUCAGUGUGCCUCAUUAUACCGUCAAUACAGAUUCGACCAAAGUGACAUCUUACAUGACAGCUUUGUCUGCGCUGGUAGAAAAUCAGGCUUCGACACAUGUGUGGGAGAUGAGGGAAGUCCAUUGGUCUGCCCUACUGAUUUGAAAGGGAGCACUUACGAGUUAAGUGGUUUCGUUUCGUCGUCAUCAAGUAGUGACUGCAGAAAUGACAAACCAAGAGUAUAUGCUGGUGUUGGAUAUGCACAUGAAUGGAUUGAAAAUAUUAAGAAUAAUCUGGGAGACUAAUGAUAACAUUUUAAAAAAAGAAAAGAAAAGCAAAUGAAUGCUGUUAUAUUCCUCAUUUGAUAUAUUUUUACAUUUAAAUAUAAAUUAACUCAAUAAAAGUAAAAAUAAAAUAGUUUUUAUAGGAGAGUUUUUAUUAAUGUUUCUGUAAAAAUUAAAGAGCAUAGUCACUCAGUGAGUUAGGCACUGUGCUCCUAUGUCAGGAUUAUGACAGGUAAUUGUUUAUUCUGUUAUAUCCAUGGAUCGACCCUGGGAUCAGGAAACCCUAAUGGGGUUCACCCAGCCUCUAUGAAGUGGGUACUCUUAAUUAAAUAAAUAAUUAAGAGGGGGAAACUGGCAGUUGAACAUGGUAUAGCCUAUAAUAUCCUUGCAUAACCAUUGACUUGGAAACAUAACUGCCUUACAAGAACUGAACUCAAGACCCUCUAGGUUGUAAUUGUAUGUUGUUUUUUUUUAAAUUAUUUGUCUUCUAUCUUAUUUCCUCCAAUUAGUUGUGUGACAGUAAAAUUUUAAUAAUUAAAUAAAAUAUUUAAUAAAAUUUAAAUUUUCAAAUUUAACAACUGAA